GUCGGCGCGCACCUGGAGGAGACAUGCACGGGCUGCGGAAGAUUUUCGUGCGCGUCCUCUGUGGUUUAUGAUACGGAGUGAAACCGUGUGGUCUGAACCUGUCUGUGAUGGGGAGCAGCGCAUGGAGCUGCGGUGCCGUGAUGCUGCUGAGCGUCUUCUGCUGCUGCCGCGCCGCCACUCUGGAGUCCAUCCACUGGAGCCGCUCCAAUGCAAAAUUUACUGCAGGUCAGGGUCUGGUCCUGUAUCCUCAGAUAGGGGACAAGAUGGACAUUGUGUGUCCCCGGGCAGAUGCUUCCCUGGGGGGGAAAGAGGAGUUCUACAGGGUGUACCUGGUCUCCCGGAGUCAGAUCGAGAGCUGCUCCAUCGACAAGACUGACACGCCCCUGCUGAACUGUGACAAGCCUCACCGGGACGUCAAGUUCACGUUCAAGUUUCAGGAGUUCAGCCCCAACCUGUGGGGUUUGGAGUUCCUCAAGGGGAGGGACUAUUAUAUCACCUCCACCUCGACAGGAGCUCUUCAAGGUCUGGAUAACAGUAAUGGAGGAGUGUGUAGGACCAAAUCCAUGAAGCUGGUGCUGAGAGUCGGCCAGAGCUCAUCAGAUCCACCCUCAAUACUCCAGGAGUCUCCCACCAGAUUCCCGCCCUCACGACCGAAACCCAAGGCCAAGGACGAGUCUGGGAAAGAACGUGACAUUAAAAGCAAAACUGACGCAGGCUCGGACAAAGGACAAACAAACCCCAGUGGCGGCGGUGACUCUAAGACACAGCUGUUCGUGUGGGUUUUCUCCGGCUGCGUGAUCGUCCUUCUUGCCGUCAUUAUUCUGCUGGUGUUGCUGUGGAAGCACCGUCACUGCCACUGCCUCCCAGAGAGGCAGCAGUCCGCCUCCAUGUCCCUCAACACCUUGGCCGUGCCAAAGCGGGACAGCAUCAGCAGCGACAACAACGGCUCGGACCGCAGCGACGUUGUUUUUCCUCUGCGGCCUUCUGACAGCAUGAUUUGCCGUCACUAUGAACGAGUGAGCGGAGACUAUGGGCCACCUGUCUACAUUGUUCAGGAGAUCACACCUCAGACUCCAACCAACAUCUACUACAAAGUCUAAUGUUUGCCGCUCUACUCUUUUGCUAACAUGUUAACCACGUUUAUGAAAAUGGACUCCACUUUCUCCCACUGUAGCCAGAAAUGAAGCCAAAACAUCCCAGAUACAAACGAUGCCAUCUUGUGCAUUGGGAGCCAGAGUCUGUGUCAGUAGCGCUCUGUGGAUGGAGCCACGGUGGCGAGGUCCCGUCGAUACGCACAUUUGACCAAUCAUGAGUCGACUCAGCUGUCAAUCAUGACGUUUCCCCCUAUUUUUAUAGCAACUAAUUCAAUUCCAACUCACUGGAAAAAAGGAGAACUUGAACAAACAUCAGUAUGACAAUAACUACCUAAACUGACGAAACCACCUUUUGAGAAAAAUGUAUUUGAUUUGUAUUUGAUUGAUGUGUACUUUAUGACCUAUACUUCAGCCAGCCACCAGGUGGCAAUUGAGACACUUUGGCUUCACUUCUUAGGAGCCAUCAUAUCGUCCAUCUUUAUAAACUAAUGGUUAAUAAUCCUACAUUUCAUUUCAGGCUACAGUCUGUGACACAAUGUUCCUGUGACUGCAGCUGUAGAGUUUGUAGCAUUUAAAGGAAAUGUUGGGACUUCAUCUGAGAGCUGCAUGUCAGUCUGAACACUUGUUGGGGCACAAAAAGCUGUCUAGCUUUGUUUUCUUAGUGAAGAGACAAUCAGAGAGAUAAAUGGUGUCACGACAUAUCAUUUAGUUGUUGUGUUCAGUUUGUGGGUUAUGUCCUGUAGUGUGCAGCGAAUGCCAGUUUGUUUUUGUUUGUAUUUUACUAAGUUUCUCCCUGCUACUCAAUGUGGCAGCUUCAAUGUGUAUUGUGUUUAAUAUAUUGAUAAAAUGGGGAAGAGGGAUUAACAUUGCACUAAAAUACACUAACUUUGUGAGCACUUAUAGAUUUAACAUAAUUGAAGUUGUAAACUUUGUUUGAAAAGCUGUUUGGUAAAAUGAAAAUGAUAUCGGGCCUUUUAUUGUAGUAAAACAGUUUCAAGGGAUUUCCCCUCGAGCUUUCUGGUCAAUGCAGUUUCCUUUCCAUUUUAAAAUGAUCUGUUACUAUAUUGUAUUGUAAAAUCAGAGGUCCCA